GGUCUCACCGGUUUGCAACGAGUGGACAGGACCGUCUGCACAGCCUGGAACCGGACAUCCUCAUCCUCUGCUCUUGUUACUGUGUCCUUUUACACAUUUUUUUUUCCAGUUUUAACCAUCCGCCGGCUCAGUUAUGGCCGCCUACAAACUAGUCCUGAUCCGCCACGGAGAGAGCAACUGGAACCAGGAGAACCGCUUCUGCGGAUGGUUCGACGCGGAUUUGAGCGAAACCGGAGAGAAAGAGGCGAAGAGGGGAGGACAGGCCCUGAAAGAUGCCAACUUCCAGUUUGACAUUUGCUACACGUCUGUGCUGAAGCGAGCCAUCAGGACGCUGUGGCAUGUCUUGGACAGCAUUGACCAGAUGUGGGUCCCUGUACAUCGCACCUGGCGUCUCAAUGAGCGCCACUACGGAGGUCUAACAGGCCUGAACAAGGCCGAGACAGCCGCCAAGCACGGAGAGGCUCAGGUGAAGGUCUGGAGGCGCUCUUUUGACAUCCCUCCUCCUCCCAUGGGUCCAGAUCAUGACUACUACUCCAUCAUCAGCAAGGAUCGCCGCUAUGCAGACCUGACCGAAGACCAGCUUCCCUCCUGUGAGAGCUUGAAGGACACCAUUGCCCGGGCACUGCCUUUCUGGAAUGAGGAGAUUGCCCCCCAGAUCAAAAAGGGGAAGAGGGUGCUCAUCGCUGCCCAUGGAAACAGUCUGAGGGGCAUCGUGAAGCACCUGGAAGGAAUGUCUGAUGAGGCCAUCAUGGAGCUCAACCUGCCCACAGGCAUCCCCAUCCUCUAUGAGCUGGACAAAAACCUGAAACCUGUGAAGCCGAUGCAGUUUCUGGGAGAUGAAGAGACGGUGCGCAAAGCCAUGGAGGCUGUGGCCGCUCAGGGCAAGGCCAAGAAGUAAACCAACUGCCAUGGGAAUAGUUUUAUUUUUCCUAAAUCCUAAUUUAUUCGUGGAUUGACGAGUAUUCUGUAGAUCGUUGACAAAGGCAACCUCAUAUAUACGCACACAGUGAAGGGACGUUAGACAGUAAAGGCGAUGCAACUCUUAAGAGAUCGUAAAUAAGUUUAGAUAUAAUGAAGGUAUAAAUGAAUUUAAAGAAGCAGUAUUCAUGAUAAUCACUGAAGGCUUGAAAAUCUGAGCAACAGACACUUUACUUUUGAUUUGAUUUUAUAUCAUAUCAUGAUUUUUGCCUUGUUUAGUCCUUUUUCAGAAACAUACGAUUUAAAGUAUGGCUGUAUUUUCCUAGGUUUGAUGUCAAAGUAAAUUAUAGAUAUGUCAGAUGCACCAAAAACAAGUAUUGGCUGCUGUCUUGCGCACAGUUAGCCAGAAUAAUGCAGGUUCUAUUUACAGACUGUUUAUACAGACUGUCAGCAUCAGCAAAACAAUGCAGACUGGAAGUGAAAAGUAUCUUCAUAUAUAAAAUAAUGCAUAAUGUUUUACUAUCAAGGUAGAAAUAAAUACAAAUAUUAAAAAACUAACUAUACAUACAUUUCUAUCAUUCCAGCUUUACGUGGCACUACUAAGCAAAUACAGAUGUGUCUGUAGGGAAGAUCUAACUGCAUGUGAGUGAUCAUGUCUGAUACGAGGUCAGCACUAACAUGGUCAUUAUUGUACUGUGUUAGAAGAUGAGAUGGAGCACAGUUGUUUGCUGUAAAGCUUACUUUACCUGCACUAAACAUUUUAAGUUUUGUUUGAGAUGUUUCAGUGUUUUGCCACAAAAGGGACCACUGGAGUAUUCUAAAUCCAUUAUGUAAAUCUUAUUAUUUAAUUAACAAAGAGAUAAUUUUGCAAUCUCUUGAGAGUAGCGCAGGGCCACACAUACAAUUCAACAGUCCUCGUCUCUUAUUUCCUCUGUUAAUGAACAGUGUUGUUUGUGUGUGGUUUCUAUGGUGUUGAUGUCUUAUUUGUCUCUGAAUUUUGUCUUUGUGUCUAUAAAUGGUGCCAAACCCUGUGACCUGCUGUCGGUAUUGCACUGUAAAGUGAUCUGUUAUUUGGAUUAUACCCCCAGUUUCACUUAACUAUGGUUAAAUAAAAUAUCUAAAUUUAACUAAUACCUCUUUACUGUGUUUUGACUGUCUGUUGUCUGUCUGUGUGCUGUAGAGAUUUGUGUAAUAAAGACAACUCCUACAAAGAG